CCGAUAAAGUUGAGGAACUACCGCCUGUAUCCGUCAGUCAUUCAGUGACUCUUCUCCAAUUUGCCCCCACCGCGCUCUUUUCUGCCUCUCUCUCUCAUUCUGGGGCAUAUUAUAUAUCUCGACCAGAGUCAAGGCCAUUGCCUCCAUUCUUAGAUCCUCUCAUUCGACUCUUCUUACCAGGUGACUAGGCCAAGCGACAAGCACCAACGUCAGACUCGCAACCGCCAUUCCCCGCGGGCCUCUCAGCUACCCCACUAUCAACAGAUCAGCGAGCACAAUGGUGCAAAAUCUCGGGCAACGGCCCGUCUUCUUCUUUGACAUUGACAAUUGCCUCUACCCACGAAGCAAACGGGUACACGAGUGCAUGUCAGUACUCAUUGACAAGUACUUUAUGACACAUCUGUCCCUCUCCGCCGAAGAUGCUACCCGGCUUCACAAUAAGUACUACCGCGAGUACGGCCUUGCUAUUGAAGGACUUGUGCGCCACCACAAGAUCGACCCUCUAGAUUACAACAGCAAAGUCGACGACGCGCUUCCCCUCGAUGACAUCAUCACACCCGAUCCUCAACUGCGCAAACUGCUCGAGGACAUCGACAAGAGCAAAGUGCGGCUAUGGCUUCUCACCAACGCCUACAUUACGCAUGGACAGCGUGUCGUGAAGCUCCUAGGCGUCGAUGACAUGUUUGAGGGCAUCACCUUUUGCGACUACGGCGCAGAGCGAUUCGUGUGCAAGCCCGACCAGCGCAUGUUCGCCAAGGCGCAGGCCGAAGCAGGUGUCUCGAAUGCCCAGGAGUGUUAUUUUGUUGACGACUCCCACCUCAACUGCCGCCACGCGCAAGCUCUUGGUUGGACCACGGCCCAUCUUCUCGACCCGUCGGACCCAGACCCGGCAACCCGCGCAAGCAAAUACCAGAUUCGCAGCCUCGAAGAAUUACGCACUAUAUUCCCACAAUUCUUCAAAUCGACCGCACAAGUCGAGGCGCAACCCGUUUCAAAUGGAUCAGAAACCGCUGCUGACACAGAAGUUGCUCCUUCCGCGGCUGCCGCUUCAAACGGAACUGCUGCAUGAUUCGCAACCAUUAACGCCUGACGCAUGCACUCAAUUUAUUAUGACUCAUUCCGAAAUCCUGCACAUCGUUCUUUCCUCGAACAAGACCUCUAAUACCCUCUUCUUCUCAUUCUCAUCUUAUCUUCGCCAUUGUCAUCGUCUUCAUUUUCGUCAAUCCAUUCAAAUAUUUUCGAAACAUUUUCACAAUUCAACCUAGAUAUCCUUUUUCAUCUUCAUUAUCUUUGAAUCUCUGUUUUUAAUAUGCCAAGUUUCUUUUUCCCCUUUACCGCUCUUCAACACAGGCAUCCAAUAGAGAAUACGCCUCCGGCGA